AGCUUCACUAACUCACGCGCACUUCACUUGGAAGUAUACAGGGUUCUGUAUUGUUCCUUUUAGUCGUCGAGUAUGUCGACCUCGACGCUGAAACAAGCAGCGGCGCCUUCAACACUGCAGCAAGCCCAAACUGCAGCCUUGCUCUCUCUUCUGAAUCUAAACACUGAGCCAGUAACUUCCUCAUCCUCCCAAUCGUCGAAAGGCGCAAAGACACCAAUUGUAGCGGGUCCACCGGUUUUCAAAAUUCUUGUCCUCGAUCAGCAGACGAAGGAUGUCCUCGCGACUGUGCUACGUGUUCAAGAUCUACGUGACGUUGGUGUAACACUACACGUGCAAUUACACUCUACGCGACCUCCAUUGCCUGACGUCCCGGCUGUUUACUUUGUUUCGCCAACUGCUGCGAACAUUCAACGAAUUGCGGAGGAUCUCGACAAGUGUUUAUACGAAUCUUUCCACCUCAACUUUGUUGAGCCUCUGCCACGGGCCUUGUUAGAAGAGCUCGCAGCCUCGGUGGCGCGUGAUGGUACAGGGGAAUUGGUUCAAGAACUAAUAGAUCAGUAUCUCUCCUUCAUUGCGCCAUCUUCAUCGCUCUUCUCCCUACUGCCUCCUUUACCACAAGCAUCCCCUGCUACACCUGCUGCGGCAGGCAGUUCAACCAUUCCUUCCUCGACCUACACAAUCCUCAAUUCUCCCGUCUCAACCGAGCAACAAAUCGAAGCAGAAAUAGAACGAGUGGCGAACGGUCUCUUUAGCGUUAUUGCGACGCUUGGACAUGUCCCAUUCAUCCGCGCACCACGAGGAAAUGCCGCAGAGAUGGUUGCUAAAAAAUUGGAAACCAAAAUCCGAGAUGCCCUUAUUACUGCCUCUCGAUCACAUUCUUCCUCUCUAUUUUCUCAAGAUGCAACGGGUCUUUCAAAUUUACAACGGCCUUUACUGCUUAUACUGGACCGAAAUGUUGAUCUGGUCUCGACUAUCUCUCAUGGGUGGACCUAUCAAGCACUGGUGUCUGACUGUCUCGAGAUCAAGCUCAACCGUGUGGUGGUCACAGAGCCCCAGAAACGCACCUAUGACCUUGAUGCGAAAGAUUUUUUCUGGGCUCGGAACGCAGCCAAUCCGUUCCCUUCGGUCGCAGAAGAUAUCGAUACCGAACUCACUAAGUACAAGCAAGAUGCAGCUGAAAUUACGCGAAGUACAGGAGUCAGCGAUGUUAAUGAUAUUGCCCAACUCGAUCUUUCUACCAAUGCUGCCCAUCUCAAGACUGCCAUCACACAAUUGCCUGAGCUGACUGCGAGAAAGGCGACUCUAGAUACACAUAUGAACAUCGCUACAGCAUUACUGGAACAAAUCAAAAAGCGAGGUUUAGAUGAGCUUUUCAGUACUGAGGAGGCUAUCGGUAAACAGACCACUCAGACAAUACUCGAGAUUUUGAGGAGUUCUCGUACAGAUGGCAACUUCACUCCCUUGGAUAAGCUUCGACUAGUAUUGGUCUUUUAUCUGUCUUCCCCUGACAUUAGCAAGGACGAUGUAGCUGAACUAGAGAAGGAGCUCAAAUCAGCAGGAGCCGAAGUUGCUGCAUUUGACUACGUUCGAAGGACAAGGGAAAUCUCGAAAAUGGCUGUGUCGAAUACAUUGGGAGGAACUUCUACGCCUGUGGCUGGAGCUGUUGGACAAGGAGCCCAGUUGUUUACAGGAUUCAGCGUUUUCGGGAACAAGUUGACCGAUCGAUUGAAGGAGGGUGGUCUUGAGAACCUCAUUUCAGGUGUCAAAAACUUUCUCCCCGCCAAUAAACUACUUCCGGUCACCAAAUUGACAGAGGCUCUCAUGGAUUCUUCUUCAGCCUCCAAUCAAUCACUACAAGAAACGGACGAGUAUUUGUUUUUGGAUCCUCGAGCGCCCAAGCACGUCAAUGCUGGAAUGGGUGGACCUGGGAGCAGCGGGGUGAGCAAAGGCCGUCGGAUGGCUUUCGCGGAAAGUGUCGUCUUUGUUGUAGGUGGGGCCGGGUAUGUCGAAUAUGGAAAUCUCGAGGAAUGGGCGUCGAAGACUGGUAGAAAGGUUACUUAUGGCGGUACGGAGAUUGUGGAUCCGGGAGGUUUCAUUUCAAUUUUGCAUGGUUUAGGGAAAGAUAGCAGUGCUUGAAUUUGCAAAGACUUUUUUGGAUGGAUUUUAUAUGACACCAAUAAUGUUUCUGGUCGGUCAUGAGUCAUUUGAAGUCACCCCCGUUGUUCCCCGAUAUUGAAGCUGCUGAAAUUUCUCUAUUCAUGAUCUUGCGACAACCAAACUGGAAUUGGGUUUACAGUCCCUUCCGUUGUGUUUAGUAUUGGAGCUGCAGGCGUUUUUGGUUCAAAACUUUCUCAACGUCAUGCGCUUUAGUAGAUGACAACAUUGUCCUUAGGUACUCCAGACGUUGUGUGUAUUCAGCAUUACGAAUAUUCACUAAUGACUGUCGUAGUCGAACAAGCAAA